AUGAAAGGGUGGUAUUUGCUUCUCGGGGCGACUGUUCAGCUCGAUACUCAGCCAUCUCUGCCGCAGACGGAAAAGUUUUUGCGAGUGUGCCGAUGUCGGUACCUUCACGAAAACCGCCGAUAUUGCCGCUUAAUACAGCAAUACGGAGUGGUGCCAAAAAGAUGCUUGGAACUCUUCGCUCGUUCCCUCAUGCCAUAUACGGUGUCAGUUGGUUACGAGGCACUAUUGCUGCAGUCCGAACUCUGUUUCAUUUCCACGGAUGAAGAAAGUGAGGCUUAG